AUGUACCGUGUUCUAAAAAGGUCAUAUGCGACUACCUUCCGAGCAGGUCAACCGAUUUUUGAAACUCGUCCACACCUGAUCAAACCUGGAGACUUGACUCCCGGUAUUUCAGCAUUGGAGUAUUAUCACCGUCGUGUGAAACUUGCCGAAAAAAUACCUAGAGGUUCAUUGGCUAUUUUGCCAGGCUCUUCUGUCAAAUAUGCCUCUGGCUCAGUGUUUUAUCCUUUCCAGCAAAAUACAGAUUUUUACUAUUUAACUGGCUGGAAUGAACCUGAUUCGGUUUGUAUUAUUGAAAGGCCAGAGAAUGCUGAUGAUCCUGCCGAUCAUGUCUUCCAUAUGGCAGUUCCAGACUCGGACCCAGCUGCAGAACAAUGGGAAGGAGAGAGAACAGGUGUACAAGGAGCCCAAGAUAUCUUCAACGCUGACAUAAGUGUCAGUAAUCAUAACUUUCCUUCUCACCUAGAUAAAUUGCUUAGAAAAUACACAAACAUUUAUUAUGACAUUGGAGGUGCAAAUAGUGCUAGCGGUAAAGCAGUCAAUUUUUUUGAAAGAAUGUUCCCUUCAACAGUUUCAAUGCCUGACAAGAGACAAGACAGGGCAGAUAUUGAAGAGAUUUUACGUAAUCAUAAGAAACAAGGCUUUAAUGUUAAAUCUCUCACCCCUCUCAUAGCAGACCUGCGUGUCAUCAAAUCAAACGCAGAGUUGAAAAUCAUGAGAUUAGCCGGUAAAAUAUCAGGUCGGGCAUUCAAUCAAGCUUAUGCUAAAAGAUUCCAAACCGAAAAAGGCUUACACUCUUUUCUUGAAUAUAAAUUUAUUAGUGGUGGAUGUGAUAAAUCCGCUUAUGUUCCUGUUGUCGCAGGUGGUGAACAUGCACUAUGCAUCCACUAUGUCAGAAAUGAUGAUAUCUUCAAAGACGGUGAUAUGGUUUUAGUUGAUGCUGCCGGUAAUCUCGGUGGAUACUGUGCAGAUAUUUCUCGUACUUGGCCCGUAACUGGUAAAUUUACUCCUGCUCAAGCAGAGUUAUAUGAGGCCCUUCUCAAUGUUCAGAGAAGAAUCAUUCGGGAGUGUACUGUGGAAAAGGGAAAUAGUUUAAACAGUUUACAUAAUUUAAGUGUUGACUUAUUAACCGAGGAGCUACGGAAUGCAGGUUUCCAAGACCUGCAAAGCUGGGAAGUCGCUAAACAUCUUUACCCUCAUUACAUUGGACAUAACCUUGGGUUAGAUGUUCAUGAUUGUCCAUUGUAUCCUCGUACUUCAAAUAUAAGGAAAGGUCAGGUUGUCACUGUUGAACCAGGUGUGUAUGUCCCUGAUGAUGAACGUUGGCCUGCUCAAUACCGUGGAAUUGGCAUUCGUAUUGAGGACGAUGUAGCAGUUGGUGAAGACAUUAACGUGGUCUUGACUGCAGAAGCUGCUAAGGAAAUUGUCGAUAUUGAAAACAUUGCUGCGAAUGGAAUCACAUCACCUUUAGAGGAAGAAGUUGUAGAUAUUUAUAGCUUAUAG